AUGAAUGAUGAAAGUAGAGCACCUAAAGAUGAGAGGAGAAAGAUACUAGAAAGUAAGAUAUCUGAAGGUCAAGUGUUUAAAGAAUUUGAAGAGAUUUAUAAAAGAGCACCUAACUUAGAUUAUAAUGUAGCUAAGUUACCAGAGAACAAUCCAAGAAAUAGAUUUAAAGAUGUGUUACCCUACGAUAAUACUAGAGUCAAGUUAACACCAAGAAAAGAUAAUCCAGCUGGCUAUAUAAAUGCUUCACAUGUCAAGUUGACAGCUGAGAACAUGGAUUGGUCAUUUAUAGCCACCCAGGCACCAUUAGAAAAUACAGUCUCUGAUUUCUGGCAGAUGAUAUGGGAACAGGAAGUAGAUGUUGUUGCUAUGUUGACAGCAUUGACUGAACAGGGUCGGCAGAAAUGUUAUCCUUAUAAACCUGAUGAACCUGGCCCAGAACAUAAACAAAUACAUGGUGAUUAUGAUAUAGAACUACUUCUAACUGAUGAUUCACUAUGUUAUGUAACCAGAAGAAUCAGAGUAAAACAUAUCCCGUCUGGUAAAUCAAGACAAAUAUGGCAUUUACAAUACACAGAUUGGCCUGAUCAUGGCUGCCCUGAUGACAUUUAUGGUUUUCUUGGAUUUCUAGAUGAAAUAGAAUCAGUGCGUAGAUUGGCAGAGAGUGAAGAAGGAAGCGGUAAAAAGUCCCCAGUAGUUAUACAUUGUAGUGCUGGUGUUGGUCGUACAGGUGUAGUAAUAUUGACAGCUGUCAUGAAAUGGUGUCUUGAGCAUAAUCAUAGUGUUGAUUUACCAAAAGCAUUAAUGGGUAUUCGUCAACAGAGGAUGUAUAUGGUACAAACUGUAGGCCAAUAUCAAUUUAUACACAAUACCUUAAUACAAUAUCUUAAAAAUACUAGACUCAUAUAG